AUGUUUGGUUUUGGAUCCACUUCGAUAAGGAAGAAGGACUCAAAGGCCUCGGCUGAGACACAGGCCGACCGGUUGCGCGCAGACGCGCUAGCCGGUGUAGAGCGUGCAUUGCUAUGGACUGCGGGCAUUCCUGGAACAGCGGACGCGCUGGCUUACGAGCCUGUGCAGGGCUUGGUUGCGGGUGGGUUCAUGGAAAGCUGGUCCGUUGCCUCCGGUAGUGCCGCCGACGGCGCCGUGCGGUCCCUGGGCACGGUCAAAGUACGUGCCGAUAAGAUUUGCUGCGUGGCGGACAUGGCUCGUGACCCAUACGUGUUGCUGGGUUGCUCCAGCGGCUCGCUGCGCAUCGCCAUGUUGGUGGAUGCCGCAGGCUCUCCGACCACGCAGCCAUUACAGGCGCGUGGGUUCACUGUUGCUCCAUAUCGCGUGCGGCCUCAUGAGAUGUGUGGCGAAGGGGAAGUGCGGCAGCUGGCUGUACAGAGUUUCGGUCCAAUACACCGUGCGCUGGUGCUCUUCACUGCGGGUAUGGUCUCCGUGUGGGACCUGAGAGCGGUGGAGCUGACUACGAGCAUCAACCCGACCAGCUCGGACGCUGCAGAUUACGCAUCCGCCUUGGCAGACGUCGGAGAGGUGACAGCGGUCUGUUGGAUCGGCACCGAACGUGGCGAUUUCGCUACGGGACACGCGGAAGGCAGUGUCCUGGUUUGGGCCCUCCCUGGGCUGGAACCUGGAAAGGCUGCGGUGGCAGCCACGAUGCGUGUGGUCAGGGGCCAGGCGGAGCCGGUUCGCAUGCUGCGCUGCGUUUUUGGCGAUGUGGACGGCCUGCUGGUUCUAGGAGGUCAGGAGGUAGCGCAACCGGAGGGCCUUACCUGGAUACCGUUGCCGGGUGGCGAUGAGGAAACGCUAGUCGAGGAGGAGGAGGGAGAGGAGGAAGGCGAUGGUAGCGAGAAAGGUAGCAACGCGGACGAUGAGACGGCGGGCGAAGAGGGCCAAGGCUUGAGUCGCAGGGGCAAGGCUUGCCGGCUGCCCAGGCACCCCCAUACGAAGCUGCCCUGGUUUGGCCAUAUUAUCGGCUUCUCUCUGGUGAUGGAUGGAGGCUGCAUAACAGGCUACGAGGCCACGGCCGCGGUGCUUCAGUUGGUGGAGGGGGGCCAGCUGGUGCUGUACAACCUAAAGGAUCAGCAGCCGCACAUGGUUGCGCCGUACUUGCAGCAGCGAACCCCCAUCACCGUCACGGAGGCGCCACUGGUGCCGGUGCGGCGAUCUUUGCCUCCGGACGCGGACACUUUCCACAUCCGUUUCAGGCCUGCUGGCUGCAGCCCCAACGCCAUCACUUUGACUGCUCUCCGCAAGGUGGCCGAGGAGGGGGGAAACGAACAGCUUGAAGGCUUAGCCUCCAGUAUGGAGGCGUUCACAUGCGGCAGGGCGCCCCCGCUGCCAUCGGACGCAACCUGGGGCCUCUUGUACUGCACUGGCUACAAGGACGGUGGUGUGUGCCUGUGGGACUUGCAUGGAGGCACCACGCGGCUAUUGUGCGCUGCACCUGCCGGAGACGCGGAGGCCAAGCUGAAGCGCAGCAGCGCCAGCAGCGGCUCCGUGACCUGCCUGCACCUGGUGUGGUCUACUGGUCUGCUGCUGACGGGCCAUCAUAAAGGCGAGGUGCGCAUGUACCAGUUCAGCACCACGGACCGCCAAGUGAACUGCAUUACGCUGGAGAGCAUCAACACUCCCGGAGUUGCGGGUUCCCUGCAUCAGCCGGCCGGGCUGCAACUGCGGCUGUGCGUGCAAGUCAGCUCAGGCGAAAUCACCAGCCUCGCGUACUGCCAGGCUAUCCGCGCCGUGGCGGUGGGCGACAAGGCGGGCGGUGUCGCGCUGGUAGACACAGCCAAGCCGCUGGUGCGAUGGUACGCCAUGCCGGCACAGAACGCCGUGCUGGCGUGCGCACUUGCGCCGCUGCCGCUGCCGCCUGCAAAGCUGCGGGUACCUGAAGUGGUGGGCGAGGAUGGCACCCUGUCGCAUGCGGUUGUCAUCGCGGACUCGGAGGGGCGCUUGGCCGCACUGGACGCUGCGAGGGGCUGCUUUAUCGGCCGCAAUGGCGAACUGACUCCCAAGAACCACAGCUACACGCUUAUGUUGGAGCUCCUGGACGAGAGCUUCAUGCCCAUCUGGUCCCGGCGACAGGUUGGCGCGGGAUGCGACCAGGCGGCGCUGGGCGGCUGCACGUCGGGGUCAUCUAAGGGCCGUGGCACCCAAGCCCGAGGCACUGACAGAGACGACGGAAAUUACGGAUCCGUACCGCGGCAUGGAGAACUGCGCCGUAGCCGGGGACACGGCAAGACAGGCGAAAUGGACGGCGACGAUGAUAGCAAUAGCGAGGAGGAUAGCGAGGCGGAGGACAUUGAUGGGAUGGACGUUGACACAUUGCUAGCCAAGGCGGCGAUGCAGCCAACGCACUGGCCGGUUGGUGGUCAAUGGCCGUGCGGGUGCCUGACUUGGUGCCACCGCUGUGUAGAUGUGGUGUUCGGAGUGUGCAUGGGCAUGCUUCCGAACGGCUGGAGAGCCGUUAGCCGAGUUUCCCGGGGCCCCAUACUUCUGGUGGGUGGACGUGCAGCUCGGAACUCUCCACACCGCCGGCGAAGCGGAGGGGACAUCCGACCACGCGAGCACAACCGUCGUCGUGGCUGCCAGGGCGUCAACGACUUGGAAGAUGCCACCGGCGCACCGGCGAUACUGACCUCUUGUCCUGACCCCGCUGCCCACUACAUGCUCCUGGUCACGGACCAGUAUCUGCGGCUGUACUCGGCGUCCAAUGUGAUGACGGGGGAGCGCUCCACGUUGGCUAAACGCAGCCCGGCGGCUCAGCAGCAACUGGUGUACGCGCGACCCAUCCAAGUGGCGGGGGCGCCGGGCGUCAUGGCGCUGGCAGCGGCAGAGCAUGGCCUCUGUGCGCAGGACAUAGUGUCUGGAGCAGUCCGUACACCUGCACGUUCCGACAGCGCUCUUCUCACGCUGCCACUCCUUGCACCACCAUCUACUGCUGUGUACUCCCUGCCCUCACUGGAGUUAAUCCAUGAGAUGACUCUCUCCUCCUCACUGUCCUGGUACUGGGACGUGCCUACCGGCCACGAACGGCAUCUGGGCCGCCUGGCCGCCACCAGCCGCCUGGGCCACCUGCUGCUGCUGGGCCUCAGUAACGAACUGCUCGCGUUGGGUCUGGCUGCGGGUCUUCCUCGUCCCAUCCCGCCCCUCUCGCUGUUUGAUCCGGCUGCCGCCACCGCCUCCCUGGCCGCCGCGGCUUCCUUUGAGGAUGAGCACCACUUGGCAGCGGCAGGAGGCCGGCUGAUGCGGCGGACAGGGAGCCAGGGUCCCCAAGGGCAGCUUCAAGGGGAGUUUUCAGCCGUGGGCACGGAGGGGCAGGCAGCGACAUCCACCGCCAUGUCCGAAAUGAUAGAAGGCAUGGACUCGCCCAUUGUCCGAACGGAGGGCCACCGAAUGGACCGAGUGCUUCCCUCCGCCAACGCCAACGCCGCCCUGGCCGCGCAGCGUGCCGCUGCGGGUCGCGUGGCGGAUGUUGCCAAGGAGGCCAACGUGGCGCUGAGCCGUGUGUUCACCCGGGUGCAGCAGGGGCUCAGCCGGGCAGUGGAGGAAACCACCCGGGGGGUGCGGCAGCUGGCCACCAACGUGGAGAAGGGGGUGGCGACCAUGAUGGACGGAGGCGGUGGCGGCCUUGGGACGUGUGCCGACGUCCGCGGCCACAGCACCGAGUGGUACGCCUCGCAGCCCGACCUGGGUGCCAUAUUCUCCCGCAACGUCCCCGAUGACGACGAGCCGGUCGCCCGGCUGAGGCGCCAGCAGCGGCAGGCAGGGCACGGGGAUGCGUCCGGGAGCGACGACGAAGAGGACAUCAGCUUCCUCACAAUAACGGACGACGAGGACGAGGAUGCGGGCGGAGCUCGGGCUGCUACCGCCCGCCGGCGUGAUGGCGGCGGCGGGGCACCCCGGGGCGCAGGGCCACCACUGCCGCCACGAAGCCAUCCUGCCCAGCAGCCUCCGGGCUCAGCAGCAGGGGCAGCGGUCUCCGCGGCGGCGCGUGGGCAGCCCCGACGGCCGCACCCGUCGCCCAGCUCGGCAGUCCAUAGCGCCGGCGGCGAAGAGGGCUCCCUGCGCAACGAGCUGUUCGCUGGCGCGCGCCCGUACGUGUCGGCCGGCGGCGGUGGCGGCGGCGGCGUUAGCUUGGGAUCUUCCCGGCCGAGCCACGGCCCUCCUGGCACCAGCGGGACCUCACAGCCACGUGCACGUACGGCAGAUGAGAUCAAACGGGCGUACGGUCGGCCUACCUCCGCAGCUACUGCCAGGCAUGUCGCUCCGGGUUUGAGGGACAGCAGCUCCAACGUUUCCCAAACGCUAAACACAAUCAGAUGCUGGGGAGCCUGUAUUGCAGUGCACCUGCACGGCGUAAUGCUUCAGAAUCCAGAAUCCAACAUCCGUACACGACAUGCCGUAUACACAAGCGUAAUGGGGCCAGCUGCUCGCGGUGGAGGGAGGGCAUCGCAGGUGAAGGCGAAGGUCGAACGACGAACCACGACAAACAAACCAGGUGACAUAAGCUGA